CGAGGGUUAACUCAUUUGAUUUAAACAACUCCUGUACUAUGUUUUUGGCCUGUAAUUGCAUCAAUUGCCGUUCUUAGUACACCUUGAUUAUAUAUUUAAUACUUGAUUAAGUGCUGAGUAAUUUGUUGCUCGCCGUGUCACUAUAUUAAUGUGAUACACCAUGUAAAUAGCCUUUCAACAAUCUGUAUGAUGCCUUUACAUAUGUUAAAGGGAAUUAAUUCUUUCCGUAGUAGUAGUAGUACCAUUAAAAACACGGCUCAGAUUCCAUCAUUUACUAUGUUUUUAGUGACAGUUAUAUAUUAAAUCCAUUGGGGGAUAGAUUGACUUUUCCUUCUCUCUAGCUACUCGUGCUCUGCAAUACUAUGUAAAAUCGGAGUUAAUUCAAGUAUUCAGGGCAUCAUUAGUAGCUAAAAAAUACGUUUAAUAGUUUCACAAAGUCUCUGGGCACCGGGCCUCCAAUUCCGUUUUUCCUCAGAGACAACGUCGUUAUCCCUCCAAUCUCGUGGUACGGGAGGGUACGGAUCCGCUUCGGCUGUCCCAUCGAACCUUCCUUUCUCCCUGCUCUUAUUGUCCUUUUCUGGUCAAAAUGGCCGUUUUCACGUUUCUCAGAAAUGCUCCAGUCUAAAUCGAAAGUUUUUAAUUCUGAAUAUUCCUACCCUCCUUUUCGUAACGAAUUCGUAGCUAACGUCGCAAAUUCCUGGUUUCGUUCUCGUCGGAGGGUUCGACUGUGCCAAUACGGGGAAUGGCACAGUAGGCAGACAAUUCUUCUCGUGAAUUCUGCAGAUAUGCCAUUUGUGAUCAGCAAUUGAACUGGCGUGAACUUAGACUCGUUUUUUUCAGGCAUGACUGUUCAUUUCGAGUUUUAAAAAAAUUUAAAUCCCAAAAGAAAACUCAAUAUGACCGACUGGCAUAUUGGUAGCGAAACCGCUCUGGAAUUGAGAGAAGUCCAAUUUUUUAUGGGCGUACAAUGAUCGCAGCUGAAACUCACGAUUAUUUAAUGAAAUUAAUAUGCGAAGGUCGUGUGAAUUCCCAAGUCGCACUUCUGACUUUAGCCCGCCCUUCCUUGAGUAUUUUUUUCCGUAUCUGCGGCGUUAUGAGCUCUUACGAAUUUUCAAGAAUUGUUUCAGCCUAUUUGAAGGAAUCAUAUUUUCACCUAUUACGAUUUACCGUCGUGUCCUUACAAUAUAUUCUAGAACGUUAGCGACCGUACCGCAGAUGCGAGGACGUGAGACUUCUAAUGUUCAGGUCGGAGGUUGAUAUCUUGAACAAUUAAAUUGUUUUAUUCUUUGUUUGGUUACCCUUUUUUCUGCAUAGCCUUGACAAUUUAAUAGCAAAUGUAGCUGUUUUAAUGGUAGCUUAAUUUACAAUCGAUCAUGGCGGAGAUGCAAGAUCGCGAGAGUUCAAGUCGUAAGGUUGAUUUCAACAUAAGAAAAAUUUUGUUUACAAGACUUAUUUCUACUAUUUAUUCCGACCAUCGAAACUGGGAAGGAACUUUGUAUGCGGGUGUGUUUCAGUUUUUUUUUUCAUUUAUUGUUUUCCACGCAAAGUCACGCCGCUCAAAUAAUCAUCGGAAUGGGUCGCGUGAUAUAUCUAAUUGAAUACCUCUCAAUCGUGAUUGGAACAACAUUUUAAAUUUUCACUUUCACUUGAGAUUUAGUCUAAUUUUGAGCGAUUAACCCGAACGGGUAACGUUCGUUGUAUCAAAUUGGUCAAUAAUCUAAAAAACCAGGUUUACCACAAGAAAAAUUAGUAUGGAAGCUGCAUUUAGCGCUUCCUCAGCAAUAAAAUAAUCAAAAAAUGAUAGUUUCAUAAAGGGUUGCUCUGACCUUUUGCUUUAUGUCUUUGUAAAAGUCUUACUGCAAAAACCUGAGUUUUGGCUUAUUUUGUCCACUGGGAUGUUAUGCGUGUAAAUUGCGAUAUUUUUCCCACUAAUUUUUCAACUUAGGGUUUUAGUCUAAUUUUUGAGUCGGUUAGCUCGUCAUGCUAUGUUUGUGAUAUAUGGCAACUGGCGCGAAGCUCUGCUUCGCGUCUGUGUUAAAUGUCAGAUGCAUUUAAAGAAAUCGAUGUUACCAAUGUCAUGUUACCUUCCUGAGUAAUGCCACCGAAGAAAGCAAAAGUCAAUCAUAUUCUUGCGCCCCCACUUCCAUCGGGCACGAUUUUAACUGAUGUUUUCAAAAAACGCUGGCAAGUUAAAUCACCUAUCGGGCAAGGAGGUUUUGGGGCAAUAUAUUCAUGCAAAAAUGAAGACGGUAGCUUCGGAAAUCAGGAGUUUGCCUUGAAAGUGGAGCCCAAAGAUAAUGGACCGCUGUUUGUUGAAAUCAAUUUUUACCAACGUGUAGCAAAGGUGGAAAUGAUUGACAGCUGGGUAAAAAUGAAAAAAUUAUCUUACCUUGGAGUACCAAAACUCUAUGCUCUUGGAUCGCACGAAUUUUCAAAAAAGCCCCUGCGUUUCCUUGUCUUGGAAAAAUUUGGAUGUGACAUUCAGAAAUUUUUUGAACAGAAAAAGAUUUUUCCUGUUUCAACGUGUUAUAGAAUUGCUAUACACCUUAUUGAUGCUCUAGAAUAUCUGCAUUCGCAUGAGUUUGUACACGCAGAUAUUAAAGGUGCUAAUAUUUUACUUGAUCCAGCUAGAGGUGACAGAGUUUAUUUAUUGGAUUAUGGGCUGGCGUCGCGCUAUAAGCCCAAUGGAAAUCACAUUCCUUACAAAGAAGAUCCAAGGAAGGCACAUGAUGGUACAAUAGAAUACACUAGCAUUGAUGCGCAUAAAGGUGUGAAAUCAUCGAGACGAGCAGACUUUGAAAUACUUGGCUACGUUCUGCUUCAUUGGACAACGGGAUCCUUACCAUGGCUGCACGUUUUGUCUAACCCUAAUUCUGUCAGCGCCGCAAAAAUACAGUUUUAUUCUUCCUUAUCCAAUUCGCUGUCGGCUUUCUCGCCAAAAGUUGACAGUACACUGGAAAAAUAUUUACAAAGUGUAAAAUCUAUGGCGUACGAACAGGAACCAGAUUACAAAAAGAUUAAAACUUUUUUCCAAGAGGGUUUGAAGAGAUUAAAAGCGAUCAAUUCCGGAAAAUUGAUAUUUGACAUCAAGGUACCCGAAGAAAGCAGUGUUAAGAGUUCAAAUCCAAAUGGAACCGAACCAGUAGCGAAACGGGGUCGCAAACCAAAACACAAGCAGACAGUUAAUUCAGAUUCAGAGGCUGAACCAGAAAAUCUUCCUUCAAAGCUGAAAAGAACGACUCUCAGCUCAACAGGAAACGAAAGCAAUGAUUCAAUGGUGACAGCUUCGAGUAGUCUAGUUGCGGUCGAGUCUUCGCCUGGAGUUCCACCGAAAAAGCUCGCCAAGAAGUCUGCAGCUAAAAAUAAAGCUAUCGAAAAACUAACUGAUGUGAACGAUCGCCAGUGUCAAACUUCGCCCUGGCUGUACGAGGAGUUUAGAGCUGAACGAAGAAAGCGUCGACGACAGGCUUACCACGAAUGAUUAAUUUAGCAGCAGCAGACACUUUCAGUUCAAAAGCAUCUAAGAGUCGCAGUUGUGUUUGAAGUCUAAUUAAAUCUCUGAAGGCUAAAUGAACUAUUGUCCAGAUGGGCCUCUAACUGAGUAUUAUGUCAAAACCGACUGUUUGAUUUGUUCUUGAGUUUUCCUAUAAAUUCAAUUUCUGUAAUCAAAUAGCCCACUCUUGUUGUU